AUGCUGAAAACAAUUGAACGAAAAAAAGAAAGAGGAAUAUGCGUAUCGUGGGCAUUACAUAAUAAGCCUUCCAGUGUCAUUUCGGCAAACAAAGAGGCUUUCAGUUUUGAGAAAAUUUCCUCUUCUUACCAAAGAAUCGAUUGCGACGAUCAAUGGAGAAAGACUAGUAGUGCAGUAAAAUAUCAAAUUUCGUAUACCUUUUGGCACAUGGGCUUAUUAGCGCCUAAAAUGGAUGCUAAAGGCUCAGAAGAAUUGGUACUGAUGUAA